AUGGGGUCACUUAGUUUUUGGACAACGGCGCUUGUUUUGUAUCAAUCAAUCUUCUGCAUAAUUAUUUCUUACUCGACUCUUACCUGCCAACUCAAGCCAGAGAGGAACGAACUACACGAAAUAACUCUGGUUAAGCUACUCUACUUCUACGAUCCCGAAGCCUGCUCCCGGAUCUUCUUCUACAACUUCACCGAAGUCCGGGACUUCAAGAAAGUCUACUCAAAUAUCGUCUGGCCACUGAAGAAUCACAUCGCGUCCAGUUUUCGUGGAAAACUGAAAGUGUGGUUGAGUCUGCACAUCCUGUGGUCGGUCUUCGCAUUCGGGAACUUGGUAAUGGUGGAGCAGCCGUGCAGGUUCUACGCAGCAGUACUGCCCUUCUCUGUGACCGGAGUCGUCAUACUCGUGGUGGACGUGAUAUUCAUGUCGGUCUUCGUUAAAGACUCCAUGCAUACUAGGACCGAAAACGAUCUUUUAAUGUACAUCAGCAACGUAAAAGCCGUGAACGUAACGAGCCUGGAGCCGGAGUUCUCCAAGGUGGAGUCCACGGAAGACAUAUCCUGGAUCUCCCUCCUCAUGGCCUACUCGAGCUGCCGGGCCAUUGUUCAGUACGUGAUCAAUUUCUGGAUGAUCAAGGAUAACUUCUUCGAAGGACUGGCUUCGUACCGUUAG